GCCUUCCCAUCAACACGAAUCUCGGGAAAUCUGGGAAACGCUCCGCGUCCGUCCUUCGCCAGCCCACCGCAAGACCCUUCAUCCCAUCGACCGCAUAUUGCCAUCGCGGUGUUUCCCGCUGCAGAUUAUCUCUGCGGAGCGAUGCCGACACCAAUUUGCCCUUCCAAUUGUUCGCUAGCUCGCGUCUGCUGAAUGCCAUUGGGUGUUCCCGCCAAGCGCUCGUUGUCGGAUCGAGCAAAAGGAGUAGAGCAAGGAGAUCUCGCGCAAACCACAACGACCGCAAUUAGAGCUACGCUGCUUUCCCCCCCCCCGUCCACAGCGGACAAGGACAUCGAACCGAUUCCCCCUAUUCCAGUAUGUGCGCCGCUGUCAGCCGCCUAUAACCACGAACAUCGCUCAUUGAGUAGCCUUUGCCCAAACUCUAGGUGUA